CUACUCAGGGUAACUGCCUCCUCCCAGGGUCAAGGCAAUCUUUCCCCAAGCAUUCUGCCAGAUCUAACUGGAUGUAAAAGCUGUUAACAAGGAACAUUCAGCAGAGCACCACCAUGGUGAGGAACAUCGAUGACUUUGAUUUUUGCCUUCCAUCGCAUCCUCAGUCCAUUCUGGAAGGGCUGCAGGCCUUACGUACCAACCCAAAACUCUCAGAUGUCACCUUGAUUGUUGGGGGGCAAGAAUUCCCCUGCCACCGCAGUAUCCUGGCUCUCUGCAGUCACUACUUCAAUGCAAUGUUUGCUGGUGACUUCAUGGAAAGCUUCUCAGCCCGUGUAGAGAUCAAAGAGGUGGACCCUGUCAUUAUGGAGUCCUUGAUUGACUUUGCUUACACAGGGAAGGUGACCAUAAACCAGGGGAAUGUGGAGGCUUUAAUUCGGACAUCCAACCAACUCCACUUUCCCAUCAUCCGUAAAGUCUGCAUUCGGUACCUGAGACAGCAGAUGGAUGCAACCAACUGCUUGGGCAUUUGUGAGUUUGGGGAGAUGCACGGUUGUCCAGAGGUGUCAUCCAAGGCUUGGUCAUUUCUGCAGGAGAAUUUUGAGCUUGUGUCUCAACAGGAGGAGUUCCUCCAAUUAUCCAAAGAGAGGUUGGUUAUCUACUUGUCCAACAAUCUGCUCCAAGUGCAAGAAGAGCAGAGCCUAGUUGAGGCUGUGCUCAGGUGGGUGAAGUAUGAAAAAUCUGCUAGAGCCAUGGACCUGCCAGAGCUCCUUGACCUAGUGCAUCUGGUCUCAUUGCCAGAUCAGUAUCUGCAGGACCUCUUGUCAUCAGAACCACUCAUUCAGGAAUCGGAAGCUUGCAAGACCAUCAUCACCAGACAUCGGAGCACGGUGGAGAACAGGCCAUUUGUCCAGCAGAGACUGAAGGCCCUUCCCCAAAAGCUUGAGGAGGUGCUGGUGGUGGUGGGAGGCAGAGCUCUGGAAGAGAAUGAAGAAGAGGGGCAGCCCCCACCUAUCUCCAGGAAUUUUGCCUUUUAUAACACUAAGACGAAAGGCUGGAUUGCUCUGCCCGAUUUUCCAGAUUACAAUAAAUGGGGCUUUUCUAUGAUAGCUCUAAACAAUGAUGUUUACGUCACAGGUGGCUCCAGAGGAUCACAGAAUGAUACAUGGUCCACAACCCAGGCCUGGUGCUUCUGCCUCAAGAAGGGUGCCUGGAAGCCCAUUGCUCCAAUGCUGAAGCCCCGAACAAACCAUGCCAGUGCUGUUCUCAAUGGAGAGAUCUAUGCCAUUGGUGGCACAACGCUGGAUGUUGUAGAGGUGGAGUGCUAUGAUCCUUAUAAUGACAGCUGGUGCUUUGUCAGCCCUGCCCUGAAGUACGUCAGCAACUUUGCCAUAGCCGGGUGCCUUGGGAAGUUGUACCUCAUCGGCUCUUGUGCUAUCAAAUACAACGCGUUAACCUUGCAGUGUUACAACCCCGCUAUUGAUGUCUGGAGUGCAAUUGCAUCCCCCUUCAUCCCAAAGUACCUAUCUGCUCCCCGCUGUGCCUCCAUGCAUGGAGCCAUCUACCUUAUUGGUGACAACACAAAGAAGGUCUAUGUGUACAAUCCAGAUGCUAACAUAUGGCAGAAGAUGCAACAGCUUCACACCCUGCAUGAAAAUGGAGGGAUGGUACCUCUUGGAGGUAAACUCUUUGUCACUGGUGGCUACUGGAAAGGUAUGGAUGGCGACUAUCAGGUGGAGAUGGAAAUUUAUGACUGUGCCAAGGAUGUCUGGACAAGGGAAGGACCCCUCCCGUGCUUAUGGCUCUAUCAUAGCUCCUCUUCUAUCUUCAUGGACACGUCACAGUGGAGGGAACCUUUCCUGAGAAAUGGUUUGUAACAGGAGAAGAUGGAAUAA